AUGACAAACACAACCAAUCGGAUGAACCCAUUUCUCCUACCCGACAAGCUAACUCCCUUCUGCAUUGAGGAGGCAUCGAUUCUCAAGGAGGAGGAGGAGGAGGAGGAGGCAAACUCUGGUACCCCCUAA